AGCGAGAGAGAGAUAGCGGAGAUGCCGAUAGAGAUGCCCAAGGGAUUGCCUUUCUCCGUGGAUACAUGGAGUUCGGCGUCGGGGAGGAAGCGGCACCACUUCCUGACACAUGCCCACAAGGAUCAUCUCGUCGGCGCCGCCUCAUCCACAGCCGGACCUAUCUACACCACCGCCAUCACCAAAACCCUAUCUUGUCGAUUUUUCCCUCAGCUAGAGGAUGCAGUAUUUGUGGAAAUUAAGGUUGGAGAGCCUGUGCUUGUUAAGGAUCCAGAUGGAGAUUUCACCGUUACCGCUUUUGAUGCAAAUCACUGCAUGGGGGCUGUCAUGUUCUUGUUCGAAGGUCCAUUUGGUAAUCUAUUACACACUGGAGAUUGUAGGCUCACUCCUGAUUGUCUGCAAAGUUUGCCUGCCAAGUAUGUAACCAAGAAAAGUGGAGAAUCAUCUUCGCAUCUGGAUUACUUAUUCCUUGAUUGUACAUUUGGUAGAUGUUCUAUCAAUCUUCCAAGCAAGAAAUCAGCCAUCCAACAGGUAAUAAAUUGCAUUUGGAAAAAUCCAAACGCACCGGUUGUUUAUCUCGCUUGUGAUCUUCUCGGCCAGGAAGAGAUACUUGUUGAAGUAUCUAAAACAUUCGGAUCCAAGAUAUAUGUUGACAAGACCAACAACUCUGAAUGCUUCUUUGCUGUUUCUCUCACAGCCCCAGAAAUCCUUUCAGAUGACGCAUCUUCACGCUUUCACGUGGUUGAAGGAUUUCCAAGACUGUAUGAAAGAGCAAAUGAGAAACUCAGUGCGGCACGAGCUAAUCUUCAGCCAGAGCCUCUUUUUAUUCGGCCCUCUGUGCAGUGGUAGCAGGAAUUGAACGUAUGGAGAUAAACUGAAAAGCUGAAACCAGAGCUUUCUGAAGUGGAAAAGGAUGAGUUUGGAAUCUGGCAUGUUUGUUACUCUAUGCACUCAUCCCGGCAAGAGCUUGAAUCUGCUUUGCAGUUUCUCCGUCCUAAAUGGGUCAUCUCAACAACUCCCCCUUGCAGAGCCAUGGAACUUAAUUAUGUGAAGAAGCAUUGCUUCAAAACUCAGAUGACUGCCGAUGAUCCAUUGUGGAAAUUACUCAAACUUAGCCCAAGAAAACCCAUUUCAAUACCAUCAUCAACCGCUCCAAAGAACCCGAGGGACAGUGAUACUUCGUCAGAGAAUCGGUUGGAGCCUGAAAAUUCUUCAACCGAACAUUUUGAGCUAAAACUAGACUCAGUUGUGCCUUGUAGAGCAAGACCAAUCACAUUGUUUGGACGAGCAAGACUCGGUGCAUAUUAUGAAGAACUUGAUCUAUCAUUACCAGCAGUGAAGAAACCUGAAUUCAUUACGUUGAAGGACACAGAUGAAGUACAAUCUUUACAGCGGAGAAGCAAGAAAUCUGAAGAGAGUGAUGUUAUUAAACAGGAUGACAUGUCAGUUGCCGCAGGACCAUCGGAAAGUUUUAGCAAGGGCUUGAAGGGCUCAGAUGAAGUACAAUGUUUACAGCAGAGAAGCGAGAAAUCUGAAGAGUGUGAUGGUUUUAAAAAAGACACAUCAUGUGCAAGAUCGUCAAAAAGUUUCAGCCAGAGCUUGAAGAAACUGUACAGAUCCAUGAAUGUGCCAGUGCCGAAACCUCUUCCCUCGUUGGUUGACCUUAUGAAUGUCAGUAAGCGAGCGAGGAUCGAAUCGGCUUCAAUUUUGCAUAGAAUUAGCAAUUGUAGUCAUUCAUUGGAGUAUUCAUCUUCAUGAAUUUGGUAUUCACAUUCAAACAAUAAAGCCAUAAAGGUGAUUUUAUGUCUUGUUCAUACAUUCCUGAUGAAUAAAAUGUACGUCAAUAUUUGAUAAAACAUCACCAAUACAAGCUCUAUUUUGACACAAAACCAUGGCUGUUGCCAUGGUCAUUUCACAUUAGUAUUGUUUGUUUUGUUUACAUACAAAAACUCAAAUAAGCACUAGGAUUGUUCUUUGUUAAAUCUACUAACAUGCAGCAUAUAAAAUCUGGAGAAUUCUGAAAUCAUCUGCGAAGCUCUUCCUGCUACAAAUCCAGCUUUGUGUAACCCUUUAUGAUCGAUUUUGAGCACGUACUUGUUUAGAACCCCUGGACCACUGGAUAACAAAGAUUGAGAUAAUAAACAAGAAUCAAAUGAUAAUGCAGUUUGAAAACCAAGAA